GCUCUUUCCCCCCCUGGUUACGACACCUUAGUGUAAACAGACAUGGCUUCCCUGCGCAGGCUUGUACAGUCACUCUCUAACAGCUCCAGAACAACAGGGACGUGGACGCAAGCGACAACCUCGAAGGCGACAAAAGCGCUUAAAGUUAUCGCGGCUGGAGCGUGCGUCACGGCGGCGGGGGUCGGUGCUGCGUAUUACUGCUACCCGGCUGUCGGUAGGCGCACCGGAUUGAAGAGCCAUGUCGAGGCUCGACUCUUUCAUCUGGCGUUGCCAUCAGUUUCUGCCACCGAUAAGGCCAGGACCUAUGAUCUGGAUGAUGGAGACGUGUACAUGUCGUCCUUUGAAAACAGAUUUCGCCUGUUCAGUUCGGUGGAGUAUGAGGGCCAGCUCUACAUGACGCCGCUCAACUUCAUCGAGUCCAUCACACUGAAUGAACCCAAGAGUAGGAGAGCGUGGAAGUCCCUCACAAAAAAGGAAUUAGACAAGAUGCUGGCUGACACCCCGCCUGUUUGGAAAGGAUCAUCUAAUUUGUUUAGAAACCUUCGCGGACGAGGUGUCAUCAGUUACACAGAGUAUCUGUUCCUGCUCUGCAUUUUAACAAAGCCCCAUGCAGGCUUCAGGAUUGCUUUCAACAUGUUUGAUGCAGAUGGGAAUGAAAUGGUGGACAAAAGGGAGUUCUUGGUGCUGGAGGAAAUUUUCCGUAAGAAAAAGGACAAAAAGGAAGUUGCUGAAGACGUGCAAAGAUUUGACCAGCAGAGCCUGCAGCUGUACGGGCAUCACAAACCCCCGCCACACAGUGUUCUUAAAAAAGACAGUCAGCAUGUGGAGGCCCGGGGCAUGUGGGAUGUUCUCAGACGUGGCACAAGUCAAGUUCUGUUUUCUGAUCUCACUGAGCACGUGGAUGAGAAAACAGAGACAACGCUGCUGGUGCAUUUCUUUGGGAAAAAAGGCAAAGCCGAGUUGAAAUUUGAAGAUUUCUACGAGUUCAUGGACAACCUGCAGACAGAGGUGCUUGAGAUAGAGUUCCUCUCCUACUCCAAAGGCCUGCCCACCAUCAGCGAGGAAGACUUCGCUCGCAUCCUCCUUCGCUACACCAACGUGGACGACGUCAGUGGGUAUUUGGAGAACGUGCGCCACAGCAUUCCAGAUGAAAAGGGAAUCACCUUUGAGGAGUUCAGGUCUUUCUUCCAGUUCUUAAACAACCUGGAGGAUUUUGCCAUCGCCAUGCAAAUGUACAACUUCGCCAACCGCUCCAUUGGUCAAGAGGAGUUUACCCGCGCGGUCUACGUGGCUACAGGCAUCAAGCUGACCCGCCACUUGGUCAACACGGUGUUCAAGAUCUUCGACGAGGAUCGCGACGAUAAACUCAGCCACAAGGAGUUCAUCGGUGUCAUGAAGGACCGGCUGCAGCGCGGUGGCAGGGGUGUCAGAGUGGAAGAGAAGUUCACCUCUUUUAAGACGUGCAUGAAGAAGGAGCUCUCAUUCAAAUAGGUAAAAAAAUCUCAUCAUCCAUCAUCGGUGCAUGUCUUACAGUCGGGAUGAGCUUUGCCUGCUUUGUGCUUUCUACUAGGACAGAAGGGUUAUCUUAUUGCAUAAUUGUAGAAGUUUUAAAAAAUAAACAGGAUGUUGCACAAACAGGAUGUGGUCAGAUUAAUGGGACGUUGUUGCAAGUGGUAAAAAAAACAAAAACAAAAGAAUGAACCAUUAUGAAGCUAAUGAGAUCCAUGAGAAUGAAAUCCACUUAACUCAGUGCUGCAGUGGUCUAAUUAAUGCCUAAUCGCUUUUGCCUGCUCAGAAGAUAUUGAACUAUUUAUUGACUCAUCUACAUGUAAAUAUAUGUAUCCGUUUAUGAUACUUAACUGAUUCUAUUUAUUUAUCUAACUUAUCUAUCUGUUGUCUUAUUAUUGCUCUGUAUUGUUCGGUUUGAUUCUCCUUUUUGUCCUGAGCCUGAUUCUGUACGGCUCACACACUUUGUCCUUCUGUCGGCUCUGCAGCCCCCUGCACAGAUCAGCUUAGGAAGGCACCUCCCACUCCUCCCCACCUUCCUCCCCCUCCUCCUCCUCCUCUCUCCCAAAGCGCUGCAGCUAAAAUCCUCCAGGAUCCCCCCACUGUUUAACUACAGGCAGCUAACAGUGUUAAUCAUUUCUUGGCUGGUUAAGACAAGUGCUAUUUUAAUGCCACUGGCAGGGAAGACUUCUUUAUAAAUAAAUAUGCAGAAUAUUAAAGCCAUAUGUUUGUUCCACUCUUGGGACACUCAGCUUAAAUUAGUGUUGGGUUUAAAAGAGCAAUAUAUUAAAAUGACCUUCCCUUUAAACUUUGUAAGAAGGAGUUUACACUUUAUCUUCUUCUUUAUAGAAAUUCUCACUUGUAAUACUGCUAUAAUAUGUUACUGAGGGAUUCUUAACCAUGAAUGUUUCCUGGUGUAAUGUUUGCUUGGUGUGGAGUUACGUACUGCAAAUGACUGACUGAAGAUAAUCAACAUGCUGUACAAGAUUAAUGGGUUUGUUUUUGGAUGUGAGUUUUGGAAACUUCUCGCCAUAUGUCACUCUUUUAAAUUGGGCCUCGACUGUUACACUGACGUUAGAGCGCAGUUGCAUUUAUAUUGACAUUGUGCAAUAAAUAUACUAUAAAAUA